GGAGGGUGCCAUGAGAGAUGGUGGUUUAGAUUAGAGAGAGUUGGGUAGUGGUGAAGAAUCAUGUGUUUGCAUGUGCAUUGAGCUGGAGAACAUGGCUAAAGCAACAAGCAACACCCUUAGGUACACUUGGCUCUCCCUUAUUCAUUUAUCCCAUUGCCUCAGAGUCCUUCAAUGAAAUUGUGUUUGCGGUCCCUACGUUUUGGCCACCUUAAUUUAUUUCCAUUAUCCUCAUCUGGCUGGCUAUCAACAACUUAUUUACCCAAUAUGCCGAAUACCGUAUAUAAAUGCCCUCAAUUGUGGCAUAUGCUAUACAACGUCUUGUCUUGACAACCAAAUUUGGAAGGCCUGCGCAAAAGCUAAACUAGUGCUUCAUUCAAAACUCUUUUGAGUAAUGGGAGUUUCAGCAGGUGAGCAUCCUCUUCUUGCUUCUUUGAAGGGUAUGGUCCAAGGAAAUGAAGAGACGAUGGAUCAUAUGCCAAAUGAAGCUUUGUGGAACAAGGUCUUGGAAGCACAAACCAAGAGAAGAUGCCCACUGAAGAGACAAAAAAAUGGGCGGCAUGCCAGGAGCAAGAGACCUGGAAGGAUCUUGAUGAAGAGAAGAGCUCGUGCAGAAGGUUCUACUAUAAGGGCAGGAUAUGGCAUCGAGAGAAGAGUUAGAACCCUGAAGAAACUCAUUCCUAAUAGUGAAUCCAUGGGAUUGGAUGGGCUUUUCAGAGAGACAGCUGAUUAUAUUUUGUCUUUGCAAAUGAGAGUGAAAGUCAUGCAGAUAAUGGUUAAGGUUUUAACAGGUUCGGAUGAUGAGUGUUAAACUAAUUCAUUCUGUAAAGGCUAUCAAUCUUCUUCCUCUCUUUUUUAAAAUUUAAAUUUGUUUUUUUAUAUAUAUAUAAUUUGCUGUCCUCCAUGUUAUUCAUACCCGUAUAUAGGACUUGGUUUUGCAAGUCUA